GUCACUCACAGUCCAGCCUUAGUUACAGCUCUUCCCUCUACAGCAAUGGGCCGGCGAAAUGUGGUGAUGAAGGCAAAUGGAUUUGACAAUUUCUCAGUCCGCAUUUCCUCAAUAUUUAAGCAUCCCUAUCGACGACGGACUAAGAAAGCAACACCUCAACACCCAGAGCGACAUGUUUGGACACCGGACCUCGUGACUUUCGUUUGUGAUGAACUCACCGAUCCGUGCACACGAGCGGCCUUUCUUCGGCGUCAUGCUUAUCACGAAAUAUGCUCAAACCUCCCUCCGCUUUACCUCCUGCCCCACAUUGGUGAUAUGAUUGAAGGUAGCAAUCAGUCGACGCAACUCUGCAACUCAGAGGAUAAGGGCAUUCGAAGCACUGAUGGACUCUAUCAGAGAUACCUCGAAACACCUAGCAUAUGUAGGAAAAGUCUGGAGGCUCUGGAUACUAAGAUACGCUCAUCGCUCAGUGCAGAUUUGGGCAUGUUUGUGGAUAUAUUGGAGCGGACGUUUUGCCUCCUUGCUAACAGCACCAACAAUACUAUGUUGGACGAAUGUAUUCAUUGUCGGCACCAAGAAGUGAGAAUGCUGAUUUUGUGUCGAUUUGGUCUUUUCCCAGGUCCAUUUUGUCGCACUGUUGGUGAACGUGUUGCCUUUCCUUAG